GGACGACGACCUACCAGUCUCCGUCCCGGCUUCCACACCCCUUUCGGUCUGUCCACGGUGAUAAUCUCAUCAAUCCCCAGAGCUUAUGGACGGACAAAGAGGGUGCCUGCCAAAUUCAGAUUCUCCCUUUCUUCACCUCACAUUACCCUAGACAACGAGACUCUCCAAGACGGCCGUCAUCCAUGGUUCGAACCAUUGCAUAGGUUCCCCUUCAUCCAAGCGGUGGCCUGUUGCCCUGCGUAGGCGCCGACCUAUACCUCUACCCGAGUUCUUCGUCAACCCUCUGUCCCUCCAAUCAGAUCCUCUCGGGGUUAUCAAAUUUACCUUCCACCACACAAAGUUCUGACAUCUGACAUCUGCACUUUGCCAGAGGCAGGGUGUCAACGGCUGUUGCGUGGAGAGUUGACACGGCACCCCGGCUGUCAAGAGACCAGACCACGUUCCAGGACUAUUGUGGUAUCACGAAUCUACUCAAAUCUCCUUUUUCAUUUUAUCAAAAACCUGGCAGCUAUCAUACCAUCUGCUGUCCAGUGUCUCGUUGCUCAACCCCUCUGGACCUUUCCCUUUGUCGUUGGCAGUUAACCCGGGUGAUCGCCGUGUUGACUAGCCUUUUGUCCUAUUUGCACCCGCCCAAAAGGCCUGCAAUCUGUGUAUUCAUGCCCAUUCUAUGCAAAAAUCCGUUUUCAAUCUGCUCAUAUACCCCACACCACAUUCGUCAUCAGUAGUCUUUCCCGCAUUCUUGCCUUUUCCCACAUCUUAGCGCAUCGCAUUUGCAUCUGAAUUUUAUCCUCUCUGCAUCAUGGAGGCCACUCAAGAAUCUACUCAACCAUGCGCGGACCCUCGCCGAAUGGGGCUGAACAACUCUGGCCUUCACGAGCAGGAUCUGGCCGACAUCAUCUGUAUCCUGCAUCCGAACUCUCAUGCAGCGCAUGACGCGGUGGCUGCCACGGCAACUCUAGGCAAUCAACACAUCCUACAACAAGAUGUCUUGGAUUUCGAAACGUCCGAGACUGCUGCACUUGAUGUGGCCUUGAGAUUGUCAUCUCAGGUUUGCGACCUCGGCGUGGGCUUCUGCUUUGGUCGUAAUCGCGCCCGUUGUGAUGUCCUUCUGGCAGUCGACGAUGAAGCCAAACGAGUGUCUAAUACUCAUUUCCGGAUCUAUCUCACUGGCGACGGCAUUAUCAUGUUGCAAGACACGUCUACCAACGGUACCAUAGUAGACAACUGCCGCCUCAGGAAGAAUCAGAAAGAGAAUAGUCGCAUGCUCACCAACGGCUCCGUCAUUCAAGUGGUGACUGGAAACCAAGGAUCCGACGAGGUGCGAUUCGUCGUACGGAUUCCAUCUCGUGAAGGCUUCGCCGUUCAAUACACUCAGAAUGUCCUUCGUUACUUCGAGCGCGUGCAGCAGGUGGCUGGGGCCAUGCAACUUAAGAAUCGAAAUGGCCCCACUCCACCUGUGCUAUCAUGGUCGGUCGCAAAUACGUACGGAAUGCACUGGACGGGCGGUUCGAUGUACAAUGUGACCGGACAGAUCGGAAAAGGCGCAUUCGCAACUGUCUACAAGCUGGCUACCAAGCAGCAUGGUGCGAUCUAUGCUGCUAAAGAGCUGGACAAACGUCGCUUCAUGAAAAAUGGUAUCCUGGAUCAAAAAGUCGACAACGAGAUGAAGAUUAUGCGUGAUCUGAAACAUCCCAACAUUGUUCAAUAUAUCGAGCAUCAUGAACAUGACCGUUGGAUCUACAUCAUCAUGGAGUACGUUCCUGGAGGCGAGCUGUCCACAUAUCUGUCCAGCCACGGCAAGAUUGCGGAGGACAUGGUGCGGACAAUCGCCCGCCAGCUUUUGCGGGCACUUCACUAUCUUCACAAACGCCGAAUCACUCACCGUGACAUCAAGCCGGACAAUAUCUUGAUUGCCUCAUUGGAUCCGCUGCGCAUUAAACUUUCCGACUUUGGGCUAUCAAAAGUUACCCAGGAGGAGACAUUUCUAAAGACUUUUUGUGGUACACUACUAUACUGCGCACCCGAGGUGUACCCCGACUAUGAGACAUAUCGGCGCGGUGAGUACAGGAAGAGGCGUCGCGCGGGGGAUCCUCCUCCAAAGACGUCUCCCUACAGCCAGUCAGUCGAUAUGUGGUCACUAGGCGCUGUGCUGUACCACAUCCUGUGCGGAGUCCCUCCAUACUCUGGACGAGCAGAAGACCGCGGUGUGGCCAUGCUUCGUAGCAUCAUGGAAUCGGAGGCUGAUUUUGAUAUCCUGCGACACGAAGGUGUAUCAGAAUCUGGCAUCCACUUUGUCUCUCAACUCCUCAAUCGGGAUCCUUUCUCUAGACCGUCGGAAAAGCAAUGCUUCCAGCAUCCAUGGAUUGCCACGGUCCCGGAUGUGGAUGAGUACGAAGACGAUGACAUUAUGGAAGAUACACGCGACGCUCUCUCGGUUAUAGGAGAGGCCGAAGAAGAGCUUGAUGCGUCCCAGCUUUCUAUCCAUGAGGAGGCUGCAUACACCUAUGCGGCCGGCGCAGAUGAGUCCAGCAGCAACGAAGCUCUCGCCAAGAAACCACGCAUUGAAUACAUCCCUGCAGACAUUCGGUACCCAUCACUGCCCAAAAUCGAGAGUUUCCAAGAUGGCCAAAUUGUUGCCGAGACCCACGCAAGGCGGCUCUUUGGUGAAGUCACUUCCUCAGCUCUACGCAGCUCCCAUGCCCUUGGCCACACCGGGUCGUGGGACGACGGUGACUAUGACGCCGAGGGCUUUGCUUCUUCUGGUGAGUCGGUGAGCGACGAACGCAGUGUCUAUUCGAUCAUAUCUCUCCCAGAACACCCCUUCGGCGGCACGGCACCCAGCCUGAUGGGUACAGAGAAUCUCGUUAGACGACUGAAUAUGAACUCCUCGCUCCCUCUCUUCCCUGCACAGACCGCCCUGAUUAACCAAAUAUCGACGCGGCAGACCAGCUCUGGACAACUCACGGUACCCACGGAGUUCGCAAAAGCAGGGAGCACCCCGCGUGAGGUGAUUCCACCAACAUCGAGUGGUAACGAGACAACACCCAAGGCGCCCAAACUCUCCCGCCGCAUCGACUUGGAGUUGCCGGAAACCGCCAGCGAACGUUCUGACAGCAGUGCGCCAGCCAGUCGCCGCCAAUCUACGCAACCCCCUGAGACGCCCGCAGAGGCCGACUACGAUGUCGACUUUGCGACUACCUUGGAUGCACAAACCGGGCAGGCCAUCUUGGAGCAACUACGCUCGGCCGAGGAGCCCUCGGAUCCAAUUGUCCAUAAACAGCCCGACGCCCCCGGCCUCCCUACUCACAUGCCGGUCACUGAGUUUACCAAGCCUCCCAAACUUCUGGGAAGAUUGAGAAGCCUCACCGGCUCGAUGUUUGACCUGAACAUCCGCCUUGAAAGCCGAAUGACCUCGUGGGGCCGUGGACCUGACGCAACAAUCCGCCAUCCAGACAACAUGGAUGUGCGCAUCCCUGCCUAUGCGCUCGAGAUUACUUUCUGGGCCCCGGGGCUCGAACGUAGAAUUGCCGAAGGAGAAGACUGGACGCAAGUGCCCGGCGUGAUGGCCGUGCUCUCCACCAAAACACGCAAAUGCAUUUGGGUCAACGACACGGAGCUGCGCAAGGGUGGACCGGAAGGGCUACAAUUCGGCAAGCUCUACACGGGAGAUAUUAUUACCAUCUACAAGCACAAGGAUAACGGAGAGUUUCUGCGGCUGCGAUGCGAAUUCUACCACGGCGAGAGCGCGCAGCCUCGGCCUACAUACGAGGCCGGGUUCGUGGUGCGCCAAGCGCUCGUGGGCAAGCCGGACAGUGCCAAUCGAUCGUCUGGCCGGCCGAACCGCAUGAAGGAAGCCGAGUGAGAAGAUAGUCCGUAGAUAUUCUGGAUGGGAAUGGCAAUCGGGAUGGGGGAUCGGUAUGGUAAUUGACAUCGGGGUUAUGGUCUGCAUAGUUUUGCAUCUGCUUUCUGCUUCUGAUUCGGCGUUCUUUGCGUUAUCUCUCCGCUCUGGAAAUAGAUUGACAGCAAGAAUUGCACGGUGAAUUGCAUAUAGACCGGAUUUUGUCCGCCAACUCUAGCCGCUCUCCUUCUGUUCUAGUGCUCACCCUCUCGCCGCUUUUGCUCA